UAGAUGCUCACGAACAUCUUCGCGCGAUCAUGAACAGCUCACCGCAGAACACAAACACCACCGGCACCGGACAACGGCGGACAGCCGGUGUCGAUAACAGCGACGAGGAGGAGUGGAGCGGCGUCGUCGAAUGUGCUGUUCUCGAGAGAACCAAAUCUGAUAGAGUUACACGUGCUGAUGAAGACAGACGUCGCCGGACGAUCAUUGUCGAGAAGAAGAACGGCACGUAUGGUUUCACAUUACAGGUAAUGCUGAUUUGUUACNNAAGAGAACAGGAAAUAGAAAUGGUAACUUACGUGGAUUACGUGGAAUAUGAUGGACCUGCAUUCAAAGCUGGUAUGCGGGAAGGUGACGUAAUACUAUCUAUAAAUGGCCACGAGAUGGACAGAGCCGAUCACAAAACGCUGGUGAACUUUAUCAAGAACUGUGAUACCAGAAUGCGAAUGGUCGUAUCCUUCGAAGAUUGCGUUAGAAAGGUGGAAUUACAUAUGCGUUAUAUCGAGUUACAACGCGCUCUUCAAUCUCGUCUGAACGAAUUGGAGAGACUAUGCGAAAGAGAACGGUCUAUUCUAAUGGGACGAUGGAAAACCCAUUCACUGCCAGCGCGCAAAAGAACGCCUAACACCAUCGGCACUAAUCCCAAUCAACCAUCGCCCUCUUCUAGCUUCAACUCUUCCACGAUUCAAUGCUGCCGGCCAGCAACCUCCACUGAACAUCUUCUUCUUUAUAACUUUGCGGAUGGGCGAUCAUGUCUUAUACCACGUAGUGCCGCUUGCCUCGUAACAGUCGGACCGCCUCGUUCUCGUAGCGAUCAUCAUCACUUCCUCUCGAAGAUGUCAAGCGAAUCUGCGGUGACUUCCUUGCGUCACAGUUACCACCAGUCAAAUGGUAUGAUGGGUACACCUGCAAAGAGCAAAUCUCACAAGCAAUCCUGCCAGCAACAACAACAACAAUCAUCUACUGCUGGUGAAGGACAAUCACUACAUUCGACUCCCCAGAACAAUCUCUGCGUCGCUUGCAUCUCCAGCGCAAAUCGUCGUCGAGAGCAAUCUGACAGUGUCAGUCUAGAUGCUUAUGAUCUUGCCAGCCCCUGUUGCGAUCCAAAUUGCGUUCCUAGUCGUCGACGUCGCGAGAAACAACGACGUGCCCGCAAUGAGCAGGCUCUCCAUCAACAGCAGCAGCAACAGCAGCAACAACAACAAGUCAAUAUGCAGCAUCAUCAUAUUCAAGGACAACGAGAUCAACAGUCACAGCAACAAUCACAGCCUAAUACUCACAGUUGCUCUCGCACAUCCGGCCAUAGUCUUCAUUCAAUUACCAGUAGCGACGUCUCCACAGCCGAUAGCGUCGCCUCCUGUUCUACUAGCCUCAGUACUGACACUCUAUACUGGGAUCCGAGUGUGCACCAGCGACCACCGCCGUGCCUUCAGUACGCUAAGCCUAAAUCUUGGGAUAAUCUGACCACCAAAGCCUUCGGAGGUUACGGCUUUGGUUACGGUUAUCUGGAUACUGUAACCAUCAAGACUCAUAGCGCGGAACGUCCUGGUAAAGGGUCACACAGCAGUGGUACCGGCAGAUCAAAGACGCCGAUCGGUACCGUGCAACGAAAGAGCAGUGGUGCCAGUGGCAGUACUGCAUACUCCACAACUACGAGUUCGACGGUUAGCCGACAUUUCCAGCCGACCAAGUCGACGGAGAGCUUGCUGAUUCCACCGGGACCGUAUCAGGGCGACCUCGAUCAGGCGAGUCUGAGCUGCGAAUGCUUGGAUGGUGGUGGCGGUGGACCUGGUUCGCGAUUCAUUCAGUUAGAUAAACAUAAACGCGCCGAUGAGGCAGGAUAUGUUCCGCCGACCCAUGCGCAAGUCAGACAUCGACGGUCUAGUCAUUCCGAUGGAAAAUUACGGGCUAUCAAUAACUCCGAAGUCACGCGAUUGUAAUAUUCUUUAAGUAUAUCUUGAGU